AUGGGAAAUUCAAUUAAAAGGUCAGCUGAAGAAGUUUUGGGCCAUGAACCAAGGAUAAAAAGAAAACCAUGGUUUAAUGAACAAUGUAAGGAAGCUAUUGCAGAUAGAGAUAAAGCACGUUUAAGAGUAGUACAAGACCCAACAGAGGAGAACAAAAGAAGAUUAGCCAUAAGACAAAGAGAGGCAAAAAGAAUAAUUAGGACGAAUAAAAGAAUAUGGAAAAAAGAAAAAAUGAAGGAAAUAGAGGAUAACAGAAAAAAUAAAACAAGGAUAUUCUUCGAAAAGGCAAACGAGGUGAGAAGAAGUUUUAAACCCAGACAUACAAUGAUAAGAAUGGAAGAUGGGGCUCUGUUAACAGAAAAUGACAAGAUAGCGAAGGCAUUCAAGAACAUUAGACUGGAAUGGGCUGGUCAUGUGUGGAGAUCUGGAGGCCCCAUAGGAUUGGCCACGGGCUGGAAGCCGGACACAAGAAGACCAAGAGGACGACCCAGACAGCGGUGGAAAGACAGGAUUACAAAAGAUGCAUCGAGACUGGGAGUGAAUGACGGAAAAGAAAUAGCUCAAGAUAGAGAUAGAUGGAGGCAAGUGGUUGCUGCGGCAAUGGACCUAAAUGGCCCGUAA